UUGUUUUAUUUCUCAGCAGCCUUUCCACAGUGAGGUGGCUUCAAUUCCCCAUUGGAAAUCUGAAUGAAGCUGCAGUUUGCUCAGGAAGGAAAGAAAGAAAAGUUUAGCUGUGGCUUUAGCAGCAGACAGACGCACUUCUGAUUUCUUCAGGCACAAAGAAGAUGUGUUUGCUGAUGUUAUACUUCACCUGAAAAGGAAAAGAAAAUCCGUUACAGACAGAAGACUGGAAAUAUGACUUGAAUUUUCCAACAGGGCUAUCACAGUGUAAUGUUUACUGCUACAGAUGCAGAAUGGCUGCUUCGAGCUUAUUUCCCUAUGCCUCCCACCAAAGGGACUAAGGGCCAAAUGGAGGUGGUCUCUUUGACAUCGAUACAGGUAGAAAAAGGCAUCCAGGAUGGAAAUCCAGUACACAACCAUUGCACCCUGCUCCUGUAUUCCCCCCGGACCCAUGAUGUUCAUAUUCUACAGACCUCAUAAAGGAUUCUUCAAUGCUGUAAGUACUAGUAUCAGAUCUGCUCAAACAGAGCAUCAUGAAGAACAAGCAUAAAGAUUGAAUCCUAUUAAUCAUGGGCUUGGGAAGCUCCAAGCACAACAUCUUCUAAAUAAUUAGGGCCAAAAAAUAGGCUUUGCAUACUAAAUUAUGUCCAUGGUUUUAGGAUUCCUUUAUGAUGGAGAAACCCACUCAGCAUCCUAGUGAGGGUUUGUUUAAUCGAACUGUUGCAAACAGCAGCAACUCACCGUUUUCACACUUUGAUUCAUGUCAGCCUUCUUUCCCUGCAGUCUUCUUGCUCAUCACGGCUUAUACUGUCGUUACAAUAGUGGGGCUUUUUGGAAACCUUUGCCUGAUUGUUAUAAUAAAAAGACAGAAAGAAGCUCAAAAUGUUACAAAUAUUCUGAUUGCCAAUCUCUCCUUAUCCGAUGUCUUGAUAUGCAUCAUGUGCAUUCCUGUCACAGUUGCAUACACGUUGAUGGACUAUUGGAUAUUUGGCGAGGCUAUGUGUAAAAUCAGCUCUUUUGUACAAAGUAUGUCUGUCACAGUCUCCAUAUUCUCACUUGUAUUAAUUGCUGUCGAGAGACACCAGCUAAUAGUGAACCCACGUGGCUGGAAGCCGAAUAUGUCACAUGCUUACUGGGGAAUUAUCUUCAUCUGGGGGGUUUCCCUUAUCAUAUCCAUUCCUUUUUUUAUAUUCCACCAACUAUCUGAUGAACCCUUUAAGAAUCUCUCUUACCACAGCGAUUUCUACACGAACAAAGUUGUUUGCAUUGAGGCAUGGCCAUCAGUGGCAGAGCGACUGGUCUUUACCACCAGUCUGCUGGUUUUCCAGUAUUGCUUCCCACUGGGCUUUAUUUUUAUCUGCUAUCUCAAGAUAUUUGUAUGUCUCCGGCGGAGACACGGUAAGGUGGAUGGGAUGAGGGAGAAUGAGAGCAGACUAAAUGAGAGCAAGAGGAUUAAUAUGAUGCUCAUUUCAAUUGUCGUGACCUUUGCAGCUUGCUGGUUGCCGCUAAACAUUUUUAAUGUCGUUUUUGACUGGAACUAUGAGGCCCUGAUGAACUGCCACCAUAACUUAGUGUUCACAUUGUGCCACCUGGUAGCCAUGCUCUCGACAUGUAUCAAUCCUAUCUUUUAUGGAUUUCUCAACAAGAAUUUCCAGAAGGAUUUAAUAGUGUUAAUUCACCACUGCAGAUGCUUCACAUCUCAGGAGGAAUAUGAGAACAUCGCCCUUUCAACCCUGAACACUGAUGUAUCCAAGGGGUCCUUGAAAUUAAAUAAUGCCCCUGUGAAUAGCUAAAAUAAUCCAGCAUGACAGUCUCCAAAACUCUGUAUUUAUUGUGAAUUUACUGAUUCUGGUUGAUUCUUUCGUAGGAUUAUAAAAGGUCUGGAGUUGUUCCCACUAAUGCCAGAGGGAGUCUUUGCCGUUUAGUUCGGUGGGAACAGGUAAACUUAUUGUGUAAACUGUUCCUUCUACAUAACAUUAUUGUUUAUUAAUUCUUGUAAAUCACCCCCCAGAAAUCCUUUACAGUCAACACUAUGAAAUACCAGCAGUAUUAGCGUAUCAUUUUUAAGCACAUGAUUUCACUAUCAAUGACUGCCUCCCUCAGAAAUUUUCCAGCUCAGUGAUACAUGAGACAUUCCCUGGGUAAAAUGCUCUCUUCUGCUUCCCCAGGAUAAUCCAUCCAUUCCAAAGUGCCCCCAAAUCCACCAAUCCCUCCUCUGCCCUGCCCUCUAGCCUUGUGCCUCUCGACCCCACCGUGUUUUCCCUGCACCUCAUAGAGGCUACUUCAGAUGGCCCAUCUACAUGGGAGCUGUCCCUCACAACAGUGGUAGGUGCAGCCCCUGUUGGUAGCAGUAGUGGCAGGCAGGAUGUCCUGCAGCUUCUGGCUAGGAGUGGCUGGUCCAGUAGGGAGCAGGUCCCCCUGCUGGAUGACAGUUUGGGGAAGGGGUUCCCUUUUGGUGUUUGAUGCAAGUGGUCUACCCUAAUUAAUGGGGAGGGUUGGGUUUCAUGGCUGAUGUAUGCAUGGGUAGAGAUGGCAAAUUAGAACCAGAUAUCCCAGGCUGCUGGACUGGGAGCUAGGUCAGGUGAUGGGAUUUCUCUGGGUAGAAAUGGCAGAUCAGGGACAAGGUGGGAAGGAACCCAGAUUUUCAGAUUCAGAUCUGGGGCUGGGCAGGCAGGCAUUGCGAGGUGAGGUGGGGAGGCAGCCCGCAGCAGCCGCAGGACUUCCACUCAGUACAGCAACGGCUUGGCCUGCCUCUUCUCCUUUCCUCCUUGUGCAAUUCUGAAGCAGCAGCCAGGACUGGGAGUGCAGGCAUUACGUGGUGUGUGCUCCAUUGGCUCUGAGCAAUGCGUGUGGGGGGAGAAACAGGAGAGGAGCUCCCAUUGGAGCAGAUCCCACAGCACUGGUGGAUGCACCCGCCACAAGAUGGCUGUCAGAGGCUGCAGCCGCCAGCACAGUCCUAGUGCUGAAAACACUGACAAUCAGAGAUGGCCUUAGCAUUUUCAAGUUCUGUUCCACACAGGCUCUUAUACCACUCUCAUCACUGAGUGUGAGAGCCUUCCAUUCGUGCUUUAGUCAAUGUGACUACACGUCUCUCUAAGUUGGCCUGUGAAACAAUUUUUAGUUAUCCCUCCAUCCACCAGUACUUGACUCCUGUAUCUUGUUAUUACAGCAGUGUGGGCACAGAUGGAGCAAUGGUUUUCUGAAGGGUUAGGAAGAUCAUUCUUUAGGAAUAUGUCCUUAACUCACUUAUUUUACGUAAAAGGAGAGUCUGGGGGAAGCUUCGUUAGGGUCUCUCAACCCUUUCUCUGCUUCUCGCUUUCAGCCCUAGCAAGUACUUUCCUUUGUUUUAUACCCACUUGUGCUGGUUUGCAGUUUCCAGACUUUGUUCACAAUUAAAAGAGCUAGAGACAUAAUUUUUGUUUUUAAAUGAAAGUUGAGAUGGGCCCCAAAUGAGCCCCUACAAGUGCCAUCCAGCUCACCAGUAUUCAAGAUGAAAAAUGCAUAUAGCAUUUCUCUUAUUUGUAUUGUAUUCUCCUCUCUUUCUCCAGCACAAACUGUAGGCGUCUGUUAUAAACACCACUGCUUCUGAAAACAGGAUCUUUAGAACAGCUAUUAUCAAACCGACUAUGAAUUCAUAAUUACUCAUUGGCUUCAGCUACUUAUACAGAUGAAAACAUGUUUGCCUUUGGAUAGAAAAUUUGUUUUGUGCUUUAGUUUCAGAAAUAUCCUCCCCCAUCCCUUAUGUUAGUAAGCAAUAAUGCACAAAAGGCGCCUGGGUAAGAGAGGGUAUUUUUUGUUUGCCAUGUAUAUCCUGUUCAGACUGGCUUUUGCUACAGUGCAGCGCAUGGAAGACUAAAGCUGUAAAAUUAAUGUUUUUUAAUUAAAGCAUACUGUUAAUUGUUUAAAAAGUUAAGACAUACUGAAUAUACUCUCUAUCCACUUUUAUGGUUCCAUCACAGACUCAAUUAGGAAUGUCCGAGUGGCAAUAAUUAGAGAGUUUAAAUGGGGACAGCUAAAAUGCUUAAGACUAAUAUGCACCAGCACAUUUCUCCAUUUUCCUUUUCCUGUUUGGAUUAUUUUUGUAUAACUUUCCCUACCGCUCUGACUAGUUAGCACAGAUAUGUGUGUGUCAGAAAAAGCUCUCUUUCUCAUUGAUCAAUUCUCUCUAAGUACAGUGACAUCUAAAUGCUACAUAUAUUACCUCAAUCUCUCAAUGGCAACUGAUUGUGAUGUCAUAAACACAGAAUUAGGUUUCACAGCAGGAUGUACCUGAGAGU